CGGAAAGUACAUUCGGAAAAGCAAAAAAAAUGACGGAAAAAGUGAUAGUGUGAUAGGGCCUUUAGUCGUUCGCCAGUCUUCAUGUUAAGUGGUCCCAAAAGAUGUCUCCGUCAUGGCGAGCAGUGCGGCUGCUGGCAGGAGCUCUCUUGCUGUCAACGCUGGUGUCAGGGAAGGAGCUGGAGAACCUCGUGAACUUCAAGCAAAGGGAGUGUCGCCAAAGGAUCCCCAAAGGAGACGUGGGCGACCUGCUCCCCGAAUCGCUCCAGAAAAUCCACCCAAGGAACCUCAAGGUGUUGAGUCGGCAGCGGCGUUUCCUCGCGUGGCCAAGUGGCAGCACCCUUACCGUCACUUCAGCCUUCUCCAUCCCGGUGGCCAGCGACGAUUAUCAGACCGUCAAGAUGUACAUCGGCUUCCCCUUCACCCUCGACCUCCCCGACGCGCCUCUUCGGCUGAUCAAGAGCCAAGAGCCCACCACGGACGCCCCUCAUGGCUACGGCAGCUACGCGAGCACAGCCGAUACGCGAUACGACUACGGCAGCAGUGGCAGUAACGACUUCGGUUACGGGACAGGAAGCAGUUACUCUAGUUACGGCGGGUAUGAGCAGUUCAAUCAUCACUAUGGAGAUGAUAGUCAUUAUGGAGGGUUUGGCAAGCGGUCGGUCGAUUCUCAGCGAGAAGCCGGGUUCAACGUCAUUCAGAAUGGACUGGAGAACAUGGGUUUGCCUGGGAAGUCGUGUCUCCUGAGAGCUGUGUGUGAGGUCGCCAAGGAGCCCGUGACUGACCUGGGCGUCGUCGGGGAAAUCCUCAACUUGAUCUUUGCGGCUGGCUACGGCGAGGGAUCAGAAUCCAUGCACGAGUACGUGGUGGCGGAGGAGAAGGGGCGUCGCGAGGGGGACUGCGAAGGGCGCUACAACGAGUGUCCUUUGGGCUUGGUCAGCCUCCUGCACAGCGGCGUCUCCCACCUCUUCGCCGGUCUCGCUAGCGCGGGGGUUCAAGGCAGCGGCCUCCUCUAGUUUUUGUGG